GUCUGCGGCUAGGUAUCCGCGGGCGCUCUUCGGCCCAAAGCGGCAGGUACAGCCGCAUGCAUCUUAUGUCGAACUGUUUCCGGUCCUGGACAACAGUAAACAAAACUACAUCGUUAUCAAAUUUCUAUCUGACAUUGGUCAUGGUAACGACAAGAUCACAAUCAACUGUGACAAAGCAAGACCCGGCGUCCAGCCCUCUACUCACCCCUUCCAAACCCGCCACCAAGAGGAAACGACAAGAACGCGUCUCGCACCACUUCACUCCCCAACGCAAAGCGAAUCGCCCAGUAACCAUCCCACAACCCGAGAACCUGCCCUUUCAGCUCCGUCCCGCAGGAUACGGUCUGAUCCAAGAGCGUAUACAAGAUAGCUUAUACGCCCUCGUAGUCCAAGUCAUCCUCUGGAACCAAACCCACGGCAGCGCAGCUCGCCCUGUACUCUUCCAGACCCUGACAUUAUAUCCCACACCCUUCCACCUAUCCCAGGCGAAGCUCGGUGAGCUGACUGAGAUACUGCAACCCCUCGGUCUGCAUAAUGUUCGUGCCAAACGUCUGAUCGCGCUAGCUGAGGCAUGGAUCGCGGCACCGCCGUGUAAAGAACGGAGGUAUAGAAGAUUGCACUACCCGGAUAGAGGGUGUGGUGCAGAUGUUAAGCGUGAUGAGAUAUUGGGGAUGGGAGAUGAGAGGCAAGGGUGGGAGAUUGCGCAUUUGCCGGGUAUGGGACCGUAUGCGCUGGAUAGUUAUAGGAUCUUUUAUCGGGAUAGGUUGAGGGAGGUUGAGGGGGGUGAACCGGAGUGGAAAAGAGUGCUGCCACUUGAUAAGGAUUUAAAGCCGUAUUUAAAGUGGAGAUGGGCGAAUGAUGGUUGGGAUUGGAAUGAGUUGACUGGCAAGCGCAGAAAGCUCAGUACUGGUGAGACAGACAGAUUCAAAGCGGAAGCCGCUAUGCGGAGCAUAGCUGAUGCAGGAUCUGUUAAGGAAGAACCCGUCGAUGUACGGGAAGUAGACGUCAAGGACGAAGAGCCAGACCCUCAAGAUGAAGAUCUUGUCACCCGCAACAAGAACGCGGCGGCAUGAAGAGAGGCGUCUGAGCAACUGUCGUCCACACUUUCACAUCUUUUGAGCAUCGUACGAUCUUAUGGAUUAUGCUGAGUUGGGUUUUGCUAAGCAGGACAACCAAAAAGAAUCCAUCAAUUCAACCAUGAC